CUGAACACCCAAACCAAAAAAGCCCGAAAACGGCCGAAUCGACCAAAAAGCAACCGCAUCUGACGUGAUCCGGAGCAGCUGUCUAGACAAAAAUACUGCGCCAAACCGUGCGAUUAAAGUGAUCACUCCACAGAUUUAGACGAGUCUCCAAGUGAGUCCCAGAUUGCAGGGCGGAUUAGAUCGGCGGCGAGAUGCGGUGGUACGUCAUCGCUUCGCUUCUCACCGUCCUCACCAGCUCGCAGGGAAUCUUGACGACGUUAUCCCAAAGCAAUGGGGGCUAUGAAUAUGACUAUGCCACUGUUCCUUUUCUUGCUGAAGUGUUUAAGCUUCUCAUUUCUAGUAUCCUUCUGUCUAGAGAAAUGAAAAGCUCAACUCCUCCAAAAAUGACAACGGAUUGGAAGAGCAUCCGUUUAUACCCAAUACCAUCCAUCAUUUACCUUAUUCACAAUAACGUUCAGUUUGCAACUUUGACGUACGUGGAUACAUCAACAUAUCAGAUAAUGGGCAACUUGAAGAUUGUUACCACUGGAAUUUUGUUCAGGCUUUUUUUGAAGAGGAAGCUUUCUACUUUGCAGUGGAUGGCAAUUUUAUUAUUGGCUGUUGGGACAACCACAAGCCAGGUAAAAGGAUGUGGAGAGGCUUCUUGUGAGUCACCAUUUUCAUCACCCAUCCAGGGAUAUAUGUUUGGGAUUCUGUCUGCUUGUCUUUCAGCCUUAGGUGGUGUUUACACUGAGUUCUUGAUGAAAAAGAACAACGACAGCUUGUACUGGCAGAAUAUUCAGUUGUAUUCAUUUGGCUCAAUAUUUAACAUGGGACGACUUCUCAUAGACGAUUUCCAAAGUGGGUUUGAAAGAGGUGCAUGGUGGCAACGCCUUUUACAUGGAUACAGUAUUACAACAUGGUUGGUGGUUUUGAAUCUUGGAACAACUGGGCUUUUGGUAUCAUGGUUAAUGAAGUAUGCUGACAAUAUUGUGAAGGUAUACUCCACAUCUAUGGCAAUGCUUUUAACAAUGUUAUUAUCAGUGGUCCUAUUCAAUUUCAAGCCAACUGUUCAACUUUUUUUGGGCAUUGUUAUCUGCAUGAUGUCACUACAUAUGUACUUCGCUCCCCCAAACACACUGGUGGAUUUGCCUUUGACAACAAAAGCUGCCCCUGAGAACUUAGCUGAAGUUUCAGUUGACCAAAGAACAGUUUCGUGAUGUGUUGUAUACGCAGCGUUGAGGCAGCUGUAUAUGUGGAUGUGUUUUACAGAGUAUCUCCAAUCUCAUUCUAACAUCUGAAAGUGAUGAUAUGGAUGCUUUUCCAGUCAAUUAAAUUGAAGUUAGAACCAUAUGAAAUCAAAAGGGUUUGGAUUCCACGAGCAAACAGGGAGGGGGUGGGGGGGAUAACUGUGUUAGCUCAACAAAAUCUUGGAGGAGCAACCUUGUUACAAUAUUAUUCUGCCAGAUUACUUUUUGUUUCAAUCUGCUGCUAGUAAUGGUUGUUGUAGAUGGUGAUCUAUGUAAGGCUCUAUUUUUAAUGUUCUGUUGAUUAAAUCAUCUUAUCUUGAAAAGAGGCGUUUUUUCACACAAAAUAUCUUCUUGUCAUCUUGUGGGUUUGGGUUGUACUAAUGUUUUGUUCUUUUUCAAAAAUAUAGUACUAAUUCUAUUCAGC